AAAAGGCCGCAAGAAUUCGGACGGAAAGUGACUCUGAGAUGGGCAUCGGGUCUCGGUCGCUGCGCCCUGGGGCAUCCUCGGGGCUGCAAGUCCGCUAAGGCGGCGCGCCUCGCGUGGGCAUGGAGCCCGCAGGUGAAAACUGGAUCAAGAGAGAAGGGGAUGAAGGAACUCCCCAGCCAAGGGACCCCUUGCUGGUUGAUGUGGAACAGCCGACAGGAAAUUUAUCUGAGGAAGGUGAAGAUUUUCUGGAGCCUAAGCCAUUGAAAAAUCUGAAGAGGGAUCUGGACGUUCAUCAGAAUCCCUUCACAGAGGAGAUUUGUUUUGACUAUGAGAACAGCCCUCGGAAAAUCUACCCAAAUGACCGGCCAUUUAAGUGUGACAUGUGUGAGAAAAGCUUCCGCCACAGUUCUAGCCUGUUAACCCAUCGAAGGCUGCACACCGGGGAGAAACCCUAUAAGUGCACCGACUGUGGGAAGAGCUUUAACACUAGCUCAGCGCUGAUCGUGCACCGCCGGACCCACACCGGAGAGAAGUCCUAUGUCUGCUCAGACUGCGGGAGGUGUUUCAGCGAAGGUUCGGUGCUCAUCAAGCACUGGCGGAUCCACACCGGGGAGAAGCCCUACAAAUGCGCCAUUUGUGGAAGGGGCUUCCGGCAGAGCUCCCAGCUCCGGGCCCACGAGCGGACCCACACGGGGGAGAAACCUUACAAAUGCCAGGACUGUGGGAAAUGCUUCAGCACCAGCUCUAAUCUCUCCGCCCAUCAGCGGACUCACACCGGAGAAAAGCCAUACAUCUGCACUGAGUGCGACCGGCGGUUUGGCCACAAAUCGCAUCUCAUCUCCCACCAGAAGACGCACACUGAGAAGCUGCAUGCUUGCUCUGACUGCCCAGCGACCUUCCGCAUGCUGCACCAGCUCCUGGUCCAUCGCAAGUCCCAUCAGGAAGAGAGGCGCUACAAGUGCCUGCUCUGCGGAAAGACUUUCAGCUACAGUUCAGCCCUCUUGGCGCAUCAGAGGAUGCACACGGGGGACCGGCCGUUCAACUGUCUGGAGUGCGGGAGGAGUUUUGUCCGGAAUUCAGACCUGAACAAACACCAGCGGAUCCACACAGGGGAGAAGCCCUACGAGUGUCCGGAUUGUGCGAAGCGAUUUAACCAAAGCUCCCACCUGGUUAGCCAUCGGAGAGUCCACAUGAAAAACACUGCAAAAAGUCCUGGCACAGAUGUCACUGCUCCAGGGGUACAAGAAAUAGAGUCUUCUUGAAGAGCUCUGUUGGGACAUUUUGUUGCUGAAAGUUUAAAGUAUUAAGGCCGCAAUCUUCUGCUUCUUACAUGGGAGUAAAUCUCAUCCCGUCCAGUGGGACUUCAUUUAUUACCAUAAACUUGUACGAAUAUGGUGGGUGUGUUUUACUCUGCAUGGGAAAGCAAAAGAAAAUUCUGCUCCCGGAGAUUUCAAACGAUUCCCUAAAAUGACAGUAAGUUAUAUGGCCAGGAUACCUUAUGUAACUUAAAGUCUGUGUUGGUUGAGGUAACAGUAUGGAGCUGUUUCUGUAGAAAAAAGCAAGAACAGCUGCAAGACCAGGAUAUUAUUCUCUGGCUGUUGAGAAACCUUGCUUAGUCCUUCUCUGGCUUCUGUUGUCUUACAAAGCAUGUUUUUAAGCUUACCAUUGCAACAAUGAGGGUUUACAAACUUCUGAUGUUGUUCUGAUGCUGUUUAAUGAAAAGUUAUAUUCUUGACCUGUUUACAAUAUAUAGCUAGAACCAUCUGUCUUACGAGAAUGUAAAAUGUUGAUACUGUUUAGGACAACUGAGGCAGAAUAGUGUUUCUAAUUGGGUUUUUUUUUUCAAGUUUGUUUGGGGUGUUUUUUUUCUAUUUUUUUAAAUAUGAUGAAUCUCACUGGUAAGACCCCCUGGUGAAGCUAAAAUUUAAAGACAAUAGACUUUUCUUAAGGUGGGGAAGAAGAGCUUUAAUCAUUUUCUGGCUACCAAAGGUACGGAGAAGCAACUUGAAUGGACAUCCACCUAUUUUCUAUAGCUCUUGUGUGAAUGUACUAUCAGCUAUUUACUUUCAAAGAAAUAGAACUCCAGCUGGCUUUUAAUAACCACAUUCCAUUAGCCCCUUUCCCCUUGUCUUAAUAAAACUUUAAAGUUGAAGAAUAGUCUUAACAAAGGAGAGGAGCUGUAUUUUUAAAAUAAAUACAUGAAUGUCCAGGUUUUUGUUACUCCUUUAUCAAAUAUAAUGACUGGGUUUAUUACUGCUUACUUCUAUGAGAUGCAGUAGUUGCAUUUUUACAGAACUUGAUCAUUUAUGAAUAAUUCCCAUAGAACAGGGCUGUGGAAUCCCCACCAUCUUGAAGGCUUUACUGGACUCUGGAUGGCUUAUGAAGAGCUGCACUUAAAAAUGGUGGAGUCUGAAUUCAGAGUAGGAGGAGGCUCAGUUUCUAGGGAUGAAAUGUAGGUACCUCAAGGACCUCUGUGGCUUAAGCCAUCCAUUUUGCCUCUUAAAACUGAUACCCCCCCAUGUGAAAAUACAGGCCAAAUGGGUUUAGAACUGCAGUCUUAUUGCAGGAUCCUUUCUGAAUCAGAAGUAAGUUCUUGGCAUUUACUCUUAAAUCCCGGUUGACUUGAAUCUCUUUCAUUUACUAGAAGUCCAUAAUUAUUUUUGCUGUGUGACAACGAAGAACUCUGUUUUGUUCCUUAAUCUUUUAACUUCAUUUUGCCAGCAAAAUCUUUCUCUAUAUAUACUGUAUUGGGCCACUUACACUUCCAUGUCUGCUUCAUGUUUUUGACAAAGCGGAUCUCUGAAACACAGAAUAUGCUGCAAUAGAUAUGUUAGUCUUUGAGCUGCAACAGAUGUUUAUGCCCAGUUAAGUGUGCACUGGAUCACAGUUUCAGUUAAAUGUUUUUUUUUUUCUUGACAAUAGUCAGACUGGAGAGCCUUCAUGAUGCAAUAAGAUUACAGCCACACAUACAAGGAAAAUGCUGGUUUUGAAUAAAUAUGUUUAUGAUUCUA